AUGAGAUUUAGCCUUACUACACUUAUUUUUACUAUUCUUUGUGUCUCCACAUCAGCCACCAAGCCUCCUGUCUUUGGUGUUUCCAAUAAGGCUAGCCUUAUUCAUGCGCCAAAGUCGGCGUCCAACAAAGUGGCGGAAUCGUCCUCAUAUCCCGAGGUGUCAAUCAUGGACGAAGCUUUAUCUACGACUACUACUACUACUACUACUGCCAUUGUGGAGGGUGAUGACUCCAAGGAUAAGAUACAAAUCCGAGGAGGAGCGACUACUUCCAGCAAUCUAGUUGAAAAUUUGACCAUUUGCUUUUACUUUUUGGCCUGGUAUGCUUUGAAUGUCAUUUACAACAUUGUCAACAAGAAGGUUUUGAACACUCUCCCAGCCCCCUUGAUGGUGGGAAGCUUUCAAUUCUUGGUCGGUGGUCUAUACUGUUCCUUGGUUUGGUUUGUCGGCCUCCGCCCAAUGCCCAAACUCACGUCGACUGGAAAGAAUGCGGUCCGCAAUGUCGGUUUCUACCAUGCCUUUGGACAACUUGCUACGAUGGUCAGUUUGGGAGCCGGUGCCGUUUCCUUCACGCACAUUGUCAAGGCUAUGGAACCCUUCUUUAGUGCCAUGGUUUCGGGACUAUAUUUCAACAAAUGGAUGAAGACUCCCGUCUACUUGACUUUGAUCCCCGUCGUCGGUGGUGUCGGUUAUGCGUGCUUGAAGGAAUUGAACUUUUCGUGGUUGGCCUUUGGGGCGGCCAUGUCGAGUAACUUGUUCUUUGCCUUGCGAGCCGUCAUGUCCAAGUUGGCCCUUCAAUCGGGUGAUUCGGGAACCAACUUGACACCACCCAACAUGUUUGGCAUGGUGACUUGGGCUGCUUUCUUUAUUUCCAUUCCUGUUGCAUUGCUUGGAGAAGGAAAGACCAUUGUUGGUCUGUGGAAGGAUGCUUUGGCUUCGGUCGACAACCAAAGCAAGUUUGUGCAAUCCUUGGUGCUUUCGGGCUUGUCUCAUUAUCUGAACAAUGAAGUCAUGUACUUGGCGUUAGGCAAGGUCCAUCCAGUGACAUUGGCAGUUGGAAAUACCAUGAAGCGUGUCUUUAUUUUGGUUGCCUCCAUUAUGGUCUUCCGCAACCCGAUUUCGGUCCAAGCGGGUAUCGGAUCGGGAGUUGGUAUUGUUGGAGUCUUGCUGUAUAGUCUUACCAAGCAGUAUUACGAGAGCCUGGAAGCAUCAGAAGCACAAGACAAGGGACGAAAACGAAGGGCUUAA